UCUGUGAAAAACCAGAAGCCAUCGAGAAGAAGAAGAAGAAGGAGAAGGAGAAGAGAUCGAGAGAAGAUGGAUCUGGAGGUGAUCGGCCGCCAUGUUCUGCUCUUCGACGACGACACGACCUCCGCCUUCGUGAACUCCCGUGAAGCCCUCGUUCCCUGGAUCCACGAUUCAUCCCUCUUCAUCGAUCGCUACGAUGUUCGCCACCUCCUUGAUCAGAUCCCUUCCAGGAAGCUCCAUGCUCGCUCAGUCCCUGAAGAUCCCUCCCAAUCCGAGCUCGAUCUGGAGCGCUACCUUGACCUCCCUCCCCCUGAUCAGCACGACGAUGCCGAUGGUGAUGAUUCCCUGCUCGACGGCACCUCCGAGGCAAGAAACGUUACAGAAUUGGCAGCUCAUGGUGCUUAUCAGGCAGUUCCUUUUUCAUAUGGGGACAAUGUUGAUGCUGUGAUAUCAGAUUCUGGAACUGGAAUAAGUUGCCCCGGUUUUCAGCCAAAUUUCGCAUUGCCCAACAGACUGCUGACCAACCUGCCUCCUACAGAGAAGUUGCAUCAGAUAAUUUCAAGAACUGCUUUGUUCGUUAGCGAGCAUGGAGGACAAUCUGAGAUUAUCUUGAGAGUGAAGCAGGGUAACAACCCUACGUUUGGCUUCUUGAUGCCUGACCAUCAUCUUCAUCCAUACUAUCGUUUUUUAGUUGAUCAUCCUGAACUUCUGAAAGCUGAUGAUUCUUCUAAACCACAAAUUGAGAAAAGCUCAGACAAUGAGGGAAAUCAAACUCAUGUUCCUGCAAGUGGGGCAUUAUCUUUACUUGGAUCUGUAUAUGGCUCGGGAGAGGAUGAUGACAUUGUACUACAAACAGACUGCAAUCAGAUGGAGAUUCAGUGUUCAAGUGUUGUGGCAUCAGAAAGGACAGGACCAUCUGUCUGUCUGGCUUCUAAAGAUAAUGUAGCUUCCAAGAAUCAGGCUGCUUCCAUUGUUAAAGAUAAAACUAUAUCAUCUAGAAAGAAAAAUUCUGUAAAUACUGCCUCUCCCAGUGAUGCCAGCAAGAAGAAAAGAAAGGAUGAGAAUGCUUCUCAUGGUUCCAUUUCCAGACCACUGGUCAUGUCAAGUGAUAAACCCAGUAUCUUGGAGCCCCCGUCAUUUCUGAAAAGGGUUAUUGACAAAAUUGUUGAAUUUAUUCAUAGAAAUGGGAAAGAUUUUGAAGCAGUCCUCAUUGAGCAGGACAAGGCACAUGGAAGAUUUCCAUUUCUUCUGCCAACAAAUCAGUAUCACCCAUACUACCUCAAGAUUCUCCAAGGAGCCAGUGAGACCAAUGUACGAGGAAGUAGUGUGAAGGCUAAUGUGGGGAGCAAUAAAGAUGCACAAGCGGCUGAUCAACAAUCCACUGGUUACAAACGCAACACAUCAGAGGAACUGGAAGUAUGGUCUUAUGAAUCUUUAAGGAAAGAGAAAUUCAAAAUGGUUAUUGGUGCACCUAAAAAGGAUGCGCAUGAUCAAGAUUCCAAGCCAAUGAAACCAUCAGGGGUGACUCCUGAUGAAGCUGAAGCCAUAGUCCUUGCAGCUACAAGAGGUGCAAGUCCUGCAAAUGUUUUUUCAAACAAGCACAAAAAUAAUUUGGGGGUGACCAGCAAUGGUAGCUUCUCAUCCUUGAAUGGCGAUGGUCUUGUUUCAAAACCUGUUUCAACCAGUGAUGCCAAUAACUCUGGGCAGCUCAGUAGUGGGCAAUUCUGCAAAAUUGAUAGUGUGGAUGUUGUAAAGGCAAUUGCAAAAUCGGCGGUUCUUGCAGUUUCCAAUGAAGGUGAUUCUUCUGAAGUUAGUCUCUCAAAGGAACAGAAGCUGAAGGCUGAGAGACUGAAAAGGGCUAAGAUAUUUGCAGCUAUGAUUAAGAGCGGUCAGGAACCCAUGACCGAAUUGAUACAGGCACCAACUACCACACACUCGACUCUAUCUGGGGCCGAAUCAGACCCUGUCCUGAGAGAAAGAGAAGGUAGUUCUGUUCCUAGCAAUUGUGAAAUUUCUGAUAUCAAGAGAUCUUCUCGAAGAGAUUCUUCUGUGCUAGAUCAUGACAGAGAACACAGACACUCUAGAAAGAAGAGGAGAUCAAGAUCGAGACUGGAUGAGAAUGACUCCGAGGAAAAUCAUGGACACUAUAGAAAGAAGCGGAGCUCAAAAUCAAGAGCUGAUGAGAGUGACUCUGGGGAAGAUCAUAGACACACGAGAAAGAUGCGGAGCUCAAGAUCAAGAGCUGCUGACAGUGACUCUGAGGAAGAUCACAGACACUACAGAAAGAGGCAUCAUUCUGAAAGUUCCUCUGGCAAACAUCAUAAGAGACACUCAUCUAAGGAAUCUCACCAUCAUCGUCAUCGUCACCAUGACUCUUCAGAAGAUGAACAGAGACACAUGAGACACUCGAAAUCUAGGCAGCGACAUAAAAGUGAUGAGUUAUCCGAUGCUGAUGAUCAGGAAAGAAAACGGUCUAGUCGAUAUCAUAGGUCAACUCAUGCGCACUUUGAAACAGAAGUACCAUCAAUUGAGGAUGAGAAAAUUAACGAGAAUUUGCUGAAAGAACCUCAGGAAGUGGGAGGAACAGAUGGUUCUCAUGCUGGACCAUCUGUUGAUACUGAGAUUCCCUCUGAACUGAGAGCUAAAAUCAGGAACAUGUUACUGGAAAUAAUGUAAUUGGCAAACAUUGUUUAGUUCUGGAGAUAUAAUGCAAGUGAAGCGUAUCAUGCUGUUGUAACUCAAAUUUCUGUGUUACGAUUGUUUGUAAUUCAAUUAUAAUUUCUAA